GCUUUGGGACAUACUCUAUUGUCCGCUAUAUACAAUGCUUAUCUCAAUCCACUUAAGAAAGUACCUGGAUCUUUCUUGUGGUCUAUAUCACCCAUCCCACUACUCUUCAUGUCAUGGUCUGACACGCCGCACAAAAAGAUACUUGCAUUACACCAGAAGUACGGCGGCGUCGUCCGCACAAGCCCUAAUUCUGUGUCCUGUCUUCACGCAACAGCAUGGAAAGAAGUAUACGGGCACCGCAAACUUGGCCAGCUAGAGAACCUCAAACACCCAGGCUUCGUAGCUGAAGUCGCCGCAGGCAUCAUUGGGGCUGACACAGAGACUCAUGCGCACCAGCGUCAUCUACUAGCCCCGGCAUUCUCUGCGCAGGGCAUGCAGCGCCAGGAGCCUCUCAUCCGCCACCACGUUGACCACCUCUUCAGAUGCUUUGAGGAGCACCGCGUCGAGGGGCGAUCGAUUGAUUUGUCCAAAUGGUUCAACUUCUUCUCCUUCGACAUCAUUGGCGACCUUAGCUUUGGUGAGUCCUUUGGAAAUAUGGAGCGGGGAGAGUUUCACCCGUGGAUUGCGACUAUCUUAGAUUUUUUUGUUGCACAGCAUGACAUGGCGCAUUUCAGGCGAGCGUAUCCAAUGAUAGAGGCAAUGGUCGGCCCUAUUGUGAAAUUUCUUGCGGCAAAGAUUAUUACGAAGCAUAAUAUGUUCAUGCGUACUCAGGUCUCGAAGCGUCUAGCUUUGGAGCCAAGUCGACCAGACUUCAUUGACGGUAUGAAGCCUGACUAUGCUCACGGAAAAGAAGGUCUUUCUUUUGAAGCAAUUUGCCAUAAUGCGAGCAUCUUCGUUGUAGCAGGCUCCGAAACGACUGCACUUGCACUUUCUGGGGUAACAUAUCUACUUUGCACACACCCUGAGAUACUUGCCAAGCUGAAAGAAGAAAUCGACUCAUCCUUCGACAGUGAAGAGAAGAUCACACUUCUUAGUGCGCAGCGUCUCAAGUAUCUCACAGCUGUCAUAGAUGAGACGCUACGUAUCUAUCCAGCUGCCGUAGGUUCUGUGCCGCGACUGAUCCAGCCAUAUGGCGAGGAUAUUGGCGGGUAUUUUCUUCCGGGAGGAACUGUUGUAGAUAUUUGGCAUUGGUCAAUGUAUCAUAACCCGGCCAACUUCACCCAUCCAGAGGUCUUCGCUCCCGAGCGUUGGCUUGGAGAUCCUCUCUUCAAAGAUGAUAAGAAAGUAGCAUUCCAACCAUUCUCGACAGGAAAACGUAGUUGCAUCGGCCAGAAUUUAGCAAACUCUGAGAUCAAGCAAAUAAUGGCCCGGCUAGUGUGGAAGUAUAAUUUUGAACUUGUAGAUCGCGAGUGGCUCGAGAAACCAUGGCUUGAUCAGCCCGUGCGCGCUUCUUACGUGCACCCGCCUUUGAAUGUUAAACUUAGUCUCAGACCAGAGAAAUCGGAGUCGGAAUAG